UUUUUUGCCUAUUUGCCGCCUUCUGCAAGCAAAACUUUCUUCUGCUGGGAAAUAUUGGCGGACUCAAAGAGUAAAAAAAAAAAAAGCAGUACAAAUUCGAUAUCAUCAAAUUAGAAAAACGGUGGAACAACGAAAAGCCAAAAAUUACCAGCGGGUUUUGAUUUUGACGGAAACCCUUCUGCUCAUUCUGAUCAUCCUAAUGCUGAGUCGCCGUCGUUAAAAAAUCGAAUCAAAGUCAGUUGCAACUCGUCAUCGUCAAAUCUGUCAUGGAUGUUAACCAUCAUCAACAACGAUCCCCACUCAGCCGUGUUGCAGAAGAGAUGCGCCAAAUUGCCGUCCGUGCACUUUUGGCUGUAGAAGAUGAAGCCAGACAAAUCGUAAACGCUGCCAAAUCCGGAAGAGCAGCUAAACUUCUACAAGCCAGGCAGGAGGCUGAAAUCGAGGUAGCUGGUUUUCGGGCUGAAAUGGAGCUUGAGUUUCUGAAGCUUGUUACAAUGAGUUCUGAAGAUUCAGCGGCCAACUUUGAACGCCUGGAACAAGAUGCUGAGACAAAGAUCUAUAACCUGAAAUCGGUGGCUGUGAAAGUGCAUGAUGAUGUUGCUUCAAGGCUUCUUCAAUGUGUAGUGACCGUCAGAGUUUAAGCUUCUAAUCUGAUUUUAACACUGAUACAGUACAUUAUGGCUUUACAAUGAUACUUUUGAUAGACUAAUCUUCUGAUGCUAGCAGAAUUUGAGCCUCUGCUCUUGGUUCUGUUAUAUCUGUGGCAGAUACACAAGUUUGUUUGCACCCUACUACACUUUGUUGUGACUUAUGAGAUUUUGCCAGGUAUUGACUGUUUCUAAUGUAUGAAACCUUCUUUCCGGGGACAAAUGAGUAAUUGACAAGAAAAACUUUCAUCCUAGAAUAGCAGAGUCUGCUAAUUAACUUAGCAGCAAAGAGUGCAAGAGUGUUAAGAUUAGAGCACUACCUAACAAAACAGUUAGGCACAAAAAAGGGGUAGGAGCUGGUGUUGCUGCAUAAAAUGAUGGAUCUUGCUGGCUCGCUUUGAACUUGUAAGGAGUCAAACAUAUUUAACAUCCAAUAUGCUAGUGUAAGAUUGAGGAAACGACAUCUAUUGGAUGUAGAGUUUCAGUGUUUUCUCUAAUCCUUAGUCCUUACAAUUCUAUAUCAUGUGAAUGUGAUGCUGAUUGGUUCAUCGGGCGAUAAAAGGUACGGAAGACCGCGACAGAAACCGGGCAGAAAGUUAACUACCAGAUUUUAUGCGCUAUAAACGCAAAUAUUGGUGGGGUGUUCUUUUGUGGCCAAAACAGCAGAGUUAAUUCAUAACUUCAAUUAAUGUUGUUGUUAGGCUAAGAUCCCACAAUCCAUUUGUAAAGUAAUCGAAUGGGAUGACAAUGUGUUAGGGCUGUCUUUUAAGUGUGAAUGCCUGGCUUAUGUUUGGCAAUCAGAAUUCAAUUAUUGUAUAACAAACUUUGUAUAGAGGACAGGACAAACUCUUUAAUAUCACCAAUCUCCAUAAGAUAUCUUGUUCCUUUGUCCGCUUCCUUAAUUC